AUGGAUACCACCCUGAGUUUAACUAAUAAUUCAAAGAUCCAAGUGUCUGAGUUCAUACUGUUGGGGUUCCCAAACAUUCAUGAGUGGCAGCACUGGCUCUCCCUGCCAUUGGCUCUGCUCUACCUCUUGGCCCUUGGUGCAAAUCUCCUCAUCUUGACCACCAUCUACCGAGAAUCUUCCCUGCAUCAGCCUAUGUAUCAGUUUCUUGGUGUCCUGGCUAUCGUGGACAUUGGGUUAGCUACUACCAUCAUUCCCAAGAUCCUUGCCAUUUUCUGGUUUGAUAACAAGGCCAUCAGCCUCUCUGCAUGCUUUGCCCAGAUCUACGCCAUUCACACUUUCAUGUGCAUGGAGUCAGGUAUCUUCCUCUGCAUGGCUGUGGAUAGAUAUGUAGCCAUCUGCUAUCCUCUUCGGUACCCAAACAUAGUCACUGAAGCAUUUGUGAUCAAGCUCACAUUAUCUAUGAUACUCAGGAAUGGCCUGUUGACCAUUCCUGUGCCUGUACUAGCUGCCCAGCGGCACUACUGUUCCAAGAACGAGAUUGACCAUUGUCUUUGCUCUAACUUAGGAGUCAUCAGUCUAGCCUGUGAUGACAUCACUAUUAAUAAGUUUUACCAGUUAUUUCUGGCUUGGGUUAUGGUUGGGAGUGACAUGGGCCUGGUCUUUGCUUCUUAUGCUUUGAUUAUUCACUCAGUUCUGAGGCUUAAGUCCGCUGAGGCAACAUCUAAAGCUCUGAGUACCUGCAGUUCUCAUGUCAUCCUCAUCCUAUUUUUCUACACAGCUAUUGUUGUAGUAUCUGUCACCCAUCUAGCAAGAAAAAGGUUUCCCUUAGUCCCAAUUCUCCUCAAUGUGCUGCACAGUAUCAUCCCACCUGCCCUGAACCCCAUGGUAUAUGCCCUCAGGACACAGGAGCUGAGAAUAGGCUUUCAGAGGUUGCUUGGUCUGGGUGACACUGGAUCUGGAAAGUGA